UCAGGGCUCGCAGACCGGCAGCGCAGAACUGGGGGAGAGACAGUGCAUCGUCCGUGUUAACCGUGCAAGUCCACAUUUUUAGUUAGAAAACUGAUGCUCGUAUAAGAAAGGGAUGCCAGCCAGGCGUGGCUUGCAUUUGAAUAUCCAAUGUGAGAAUGCCCGGGGAGGAUGUAUAUAACGGGGUCUUUUCCAUCAGAUAAACAGAGUUAUCAAACUGAUUAACAAAGCGGAGGACGAUUGAUGAAGAGGACUGUACGGAUUGACCGAUAAGUGGACGCGGCGCACCGGGCAUGCUUCGUGCGUAGCCUACAUGGAUUGGACUUUUGAAGUUUUUUCCUCUCCAGAGUCAAGUACAUGAAGUACAUGAACAAUCGCAUUAAUACGUGUUGAGCGUUUAACACCAUGGCAGAGGUCGGAGGUUUCCUGGGCACGAUUGAUUUGGAUUUACAAACUUUCCCUUCACUAGGAACUAUGCCUUUAACGGACACGUCGGUGGGCUUGACUGAACGGCUGGGACAGAUCGAAGGGAGGCUUCAACGAGGUUCGCUGACGGAUUUUGGUCACCUUAGAGGGAUCCUGCGACGGCGGCAGCUGUACUGCCGAACGGGCUUUCAGUUGGAGAUAUUUCCCAACGGAACGGUGCACGGGACCAGACAGGACCACAGCAGAUUCGGUAUCCUGGAGUUUAUCAGCCUGGCGGUGGGGCUGGUGAGCAUCAGAGGGGUUGACGCGGGACUCUACCUGGGCAUGAACGAGAAGGGAGAUCUCUAUGGGUCGAAGAAGUUGACAGCGGAGUGCGUGUUCAGGGAGCAGUUUGAGGAGAACUGGUACAACACCUACGCCUCCACGCUCUACAAGCACGCCGACACAGGCCGCCUGUACUAUGUGGCGCUCAACAAGGACGGCUCGCCGCGCGAGGGCAACCGGACCAAGAAGCACCAGAAGCUCACCCACUUCCUGCCGCGGCACGUGGACAUCGAGAAGAUCCCAUCGGCCUACAGAGACCUGUUCCAGUAUAGGUGACCAGCACCCCCCG